UUUAUUUUUAGAUAUCGUUGAAAACUUGAAAAAAAAAAAAUUAGGAAGAAAUCGUGAAAGCAACUUUCUUGAAUAUUAGCUCUUAUAUGAAAUUAAAAAUUUCGACGUCCCAACUGAAUAGACUCCUAGUCGAAGCUAAAUUACCAAGACAACCCCUACAUAGACUUGAUGCUUCGCAAAUAAUCGUGCCCAUUUUCGUAAAAUUGGGCACAAAUUGCGGUUCUAUCCCAAGCCGUAUUACAAUAGACCUAGUCCCGCACAACAGAUAAGAUUCCCAACCAUCCCCCAUAAAACCCACACCUCUCAUCAACCGCCGGAAUCUUGAAUCUCCGCCGCCGGAAAACCUAGCCCUCCGCCGCAAAAAUGUUUUUCCCCCAAAUCCAGUAGUGUUUAAAGAAAUUCAAGAAAUGGGCGACGAAGAAAUCGCCUCGUCAUCGUCAUCUACAACAGAAAAGCAACAAUUACAGCAGGCAAUUCUGCAAAUUUCUUCGUUAAUUUCCCUCUCCCACUCGAUUAAAGUGUUCACGGCGAAAUGGCAGUCGGCGAGGAGCAAGCUCGAGGAACUGAUCUCGAACCUCGCCGCCAUCGAGAACUGCGAAUUGAGCGGGAAUCCGUCGCUGUCGGAGGCGCUGGAGAAGAUUCUAAGCACACUCACAAACUGCGACGGCCUCGCGCGGCGGUGCUCGGAGUCCUCCUACAGCGGGAAGCUCCUCAUGCAGAGCGAUCUCGACAUGCUGUCGGCGAAGCUCGACGCCCACAUCACCAGCUUCCGCGAAAUCUACUCCGCCGGCCUGCUGGAGCAGAGCCACGCCCUUGUUGUGUCAAGGCCCGCCGCCUCCGCCUCCAAGGACGACGUGCGUUUCUACCUCAACGACGUCGUUUCCAGGCUCAAAAUCGGGAGCAAGACAAUGAAGAGGGAAGCCCUCAUUGCCUUGAACCAAGUCAUUCGAGAAGAUGAUAGAUAUGUCAAGAUUGGCGCCGAGAUUGAAGGUUUUUUAAGCAUUCUUGUCAAUUUACUUGAUUUUCAAGACACGGAGGUGCAGGAGGAGGCCGCGAGAGCCGUGUGCUUGAUCGCCGGCUUCCCGCCCUGCAAAGCCGAGCUGAUCGCCGCCGGCGCGAUUGCACCGCUGAUCAGAGUGGUGGAGAGUGGGAGCGAGCCGAGCAAGGAGUUUGCAGCAAGGUGUCUGAUAAAAAUGACGGAGAAUUCCGACAACGUUUGGGCUGUUUCCGCCCACGGCGGCGUGCCGGCCCUGUUGAAAAUUUGCUGCGGCGAAAACGGCGGGUGCGGGAGCGAGCUGGUCUGCUUGGCGUGCGGGGUGUUGAAGAACCUGGUGGCGGUGGAGGAGAUAAAGAGAUUCAUGGUGGAAGACGGCGGCAUUGCAGGGCUGGUGGAGCUGGCCGGGAGCAGGGACGAGGCGGCGCAGAUGAGCGCUCUUGAUCUGCUGCAGACGAUGGCGUAUAGAGACGAAUCCAUUAGAGAAACGAUCAUUGCGUAUGGUGGGAUUCCGACACUUGUCCGAAUCCUGGAUCCCGCGUCACCGGUUUCGACUAAAACAAGAGAGGUCGCACUGAGAGGAAUCACGAGCAUAUGUCUGUCGUGGGAGAGCUCGGUGAUGAGCUGCGGAUUUGCAGAUCACAUACUGCAUUUUCUUCGAUUCGGAGAGGUUCCGCUGCAGGAACUGGGUCUCAAGGCCGCCUUCUGGCUCUGCGGAGCAUCGGAGCAGGCGAAGAAGGUGAUGGGGGAUGCAGGAUUCAUGCCGCUUCUUCUCAAGUUUCUCGAUUCCAAAUCCUUCGAGAUGCGGGAAAUCGCGGCGGAGACGCUGUCGCUCAUGCUCCUGGUGCCCAGGAACAGGAAGAGGUUCGUGCAGAGUGAUCAAGACGUCGCCGUUUUGAUGCAGAUGCUUGCUCCCGACCAACCCAACUCCGGUAAUAAGAAGCUUCUGCUUUCGAUUUUGAUGUCGCUCUCGCGGAGUAAUAGUGCGAGGAAGAAGAUGUUGAGCUCGGGAUACCUUAAAAACAUCGAGAAGCUAGCGGAGGAGGAUGACGUCUCCGAUGCCAAGAAGAUUGUCAGGAAAUUGUCUUCCAGUAGAUUUCGCAAUGUUCUCAAUGUUUUCUGGCAUUCUUGAAUCCUUUAUUUCUAUUUUACUUUUUCGUCUUUUUAUUAAUGUUGGUUCAACAUUUUUUUCCUUUAUAUUUUUUUUGGUUUUGUAAAUCUACAUUAGUCCCUUUUGAUUAGAGAGUUGUUGAUUGUCAGCAACAUUCAGAAUGCAGAAAA